AUGGCCUCACCAUGUUUAGUGGUCAAGAUCCCCGAGUGGUUCCCUGGUGCUGGCUUCAAGUGUCUGGCCCGCGAAUGGCACGACACUCUCGAAGAGCUGGUUUCUGCACCGUACAAGUUCGUCUUGGAUCAGAUGGCUGCUGGCAUUGCCUCCGAGUCGUUCACCUCGAAUCUGUUGGGAGGCGGUACUUUGUCGGCGGAUGAGGAGGACGAUGUGAAAUGGUCCGCUGCAACUUUAUACGGCGGCGCUUCCGAGACUGUCACCAAAGCGGAGUUGCAGGAGCAGAUGGAGACGAACGAGAAAUUGAUGCAGGGUUUGGGUGGUGUGUGGGAACGGGGUGUGUCUCGGACGCGGGGGGUACGGGGGGAGCGGGAGCAGGCACCUGGAAAACUUGGUAUCACGGUCGAGAAGAAUUUGAUGGGAGUACAUAUCCCAAAGAAGGAUGAAGGGUUCAUGACUGGCCAGGUCCUCCUGUUUCUCUGGCAAAAACGCUUUGGCCAUGUAGGAGAAAUCCAAGCUGGGGGAAUUGAUACGGAGGUGGAGCUGCUGAGUCGCAGUGUUCCUAUCUGGCCGACCCAGCUACGGCGGUACACCGAAAUAACAUUGCCUGAAUCUUUAAGUCGCGAUUACAAUGUGCAGAAGAUGCAGAUCGACCUCACUCGCCGCGAAGUGCGUGGUCAUUGGGAAGAGUUUGUUCAUCCGUCAGGAGCUAUCUACUACUACAACGCAAAAAGUAAAACUUACACCGGGAUGAACGUGAGGGAUUGUUCCGAUGAACGCCUCCAGAAGCUCGAAUCUUGGAUCGAGGUGUCAAGAUCUAAACUAGACGGAAAACACUGGUUGUUAGUCGUCGAGCCGAUCUUAGCGAGAGGAAAGGAGAUCUACCCGUAUUAUUAUGUGGUACCCGAGAAUCGCAUUAUCACCUGGAUCGAACCCGUGGAUGCCUUCCUCCUGUUUCAGGAAUGUGAGACGGUAUGGCACUGGAACCAUAAAAGACUCGAACUCGAAGCCCAAUACUGGAAACACGUCGAAUAUUUUCCGCACGGGAUCGAAAUCCGUGAUUUGGACGUGAGAGCUUUGCGACUGCAAUUGAAUUGGUGUCAGGCCUUAGCGUUGGAACAAUCUAUUGCGGGCUCGAUAUUUUGGACGUUGGAUCAAAUGAAAGAAAUGAUGGCUGAGCUAGCUACUGCAGAAGAACUUGCGAGGAGUGAUGGAGUGAUGGAGGAGCAAGGCGUUGCAAUCUGCGGUAAAUUGUUGCAUGUACUCCGACAUCAUGAAUUUCUGAACCACCAUGGCCAACCCGAAGCUCGCUUGAUGCGAACACAUUCACUGGGCGAGAGGCACAGAGAUCUCGAAAAUUCUCCUUUCAUCAAUGCCGUUGCCGUUGCUAUGCUCUGGAUUCCGAUGAUGGUGCUCAGGCGACUCCGCAAAAUUUAUGUUGAUGGUCUUGUCAAUGGGGUGGACAUGAAUGCAUUCUUAGACGAUUUCAAUGCACAAGCUAAAUCACAAACUACGGUUGCAAGCGUCAUCAUGGCAGUUGACGCCAGUAUCCUUGCCAUCCCAGGUUUAGGUUCAGCACUUGCUACAAAGACGCUAUGCUCCAUCUCUUUCGUUCUCAGUGCCUACUGUAUUAUCGCAUGCACGAUAGCACAACAAUUUGGUCACCGAAUGCGAUCUCUUGACUUUGCGGUGUAG